AUGGAAUACAGUCAGCAGGACUUCCAGUGCGUGGCUGACUUAACACAGUGGAUGAACAGUUUUAGUAAGGGCAGCUAUUGGGCUCUGAAAAUGAUUGAUUCCUGGGGCUCCAUUCCGUCGGGAUAUCUUUAUGGCAAUACAUACGAUUUGGGCAACUACGAUGAAUGUAUACGGAUUAACAAACUCGUUACCUCUAGCCAGAAUAUUAAGGGCAAAUAUUGUUUUAUGAAGUUGCCUCUAGCGAAAUAUUUACUUGGUAUGGACUUGGAUAUUUCAAUUGUUAAAAUGAAAAUCGCUAUUUGCUUCCCCGACUCGUGUACGGCCCAAUUGAUGGAACGUCUUGUAGGACAAUUGUUGCAGCAUUUACUGCAACUUAAAAGUGCCAAUGGUUCUGUUAGCAUCAAUGAGAAUAGAUGCCAAACAGGCGAUAGUCAACCUUUGGAUGGCCUCACCAUUUAUGUGAUUGUGAUUUUGUCGCUUUUUGGAUUUGCCACAUUGCUGGCCACGCUCUAUGAUUACUUCCUUUGCCACGAUCAAGAUCAAUUGAAUCGAAUUGUAAAGAUUUUCUCGGCACGGGCAAAUUCACGUGGCAUAUUCCGCAUAGUGGAAUCGAAGCCGAAUUCAAAUGUCAUAGAUUGCCUUCAUGGCUUGCGUUGCAUGUCUCUCAUCUGGGUAAUCUUUGGACAUGAAUACGUAUACGGUCUGUCGGGACCAAACAUUAAUCAGUGGGCAUUAAAUACGUGGUUCAAAAAACCUUUUAGUUUGAUUAUACUUCAUGCUCCCUUUUCUGUAGACACAUUUUUCUUUAUCAGCGGUCUGUUGUUGGUGGUGAUUGGACUACGCUCGAUGGAGAGAUCAAAGGGUAAACUUAAUAUUUUUCUUAUGUACCUUCAUCGCUAUCUUCGGCUUACACCCAUAUUGGCCUUGGCCAUAUUGGUAUACUGGAAACUCAUGCCACAGUUGAUCAAUGGGCCUCUGGCGGACUACGGUAUCAUGGAUUAUUCUGCGUGCGAGAGAACUUGGUAUAAAACGUUGCUCUAUGUACAGAACUAUGCCAGUUCGAAUAUGUGUUUAAAUCACUCUUGGUAUCUGGCUGUGGAUAUGCAAUUGUAUCUGUUCUCACCCAUUCUGUUAAUUGCUGUCUAUAAAUGGGGUAAAAAGGCUGCUGGCGGAAUAUGUAUUUUAGUGAUUUUGCUUUCCGGCUGUCUCUUUAGUACCAUGUUACUGAAUGAAUUAUCCCGAGAAAAUGUCAUGAACUCUGAGGAGUCAGAUAGAAAACUUUAUUAUGCUACUCAUACUCAUGCCACGCCUUGGUUGAUUGGUUUUCUUUUUGGAUAUUUCUUACAUUUGAAUUCCGGCAAAAGAUUUCAGUUAAGUUGGCCAUUUGUAUGGCUUGGUUGGGUGCUUAGUCUUGCCAUGAUCUUCACCUGUAUCUAUGGCACCGGUGGCAGCUGGAUAGGUCCUUCAUUGUCUACACUAGAGCAAUCCUUUUAUUAUACCCUGACACGAAUCGGUUGGCCCUUGGCCUUGAGCUGGGUAGUAUUUGCUUGUAUCCAAGGAUAUGGUGGAUUGGCUAAUAGUUUCCUCUCUUCGCCGCUUUGGCAUCCAUUGUCGAGGCUGUCCUAUUCGGUUUAUAUUUGGCACAUGUUCAUGCAGGAGAUCAAUCACAGGCGAAAACAUACAAUCUCAUACUUUACGGACUACGAUAUGAUGUUGCAGUUCUGGUCAGAUUUUGGUUUCACAGUAAUAAUAUCAUAUGUUCUAUAUAUAGCGAUUGAGGCACCUUUGGGUGGCUUGGAGUCUUUACUGCUGCCCAAUCGUAAAGCUAAUUCGCGUCCCAAAUCUUCGCCCCAACCGGAAGUCAAGAAACCAACAGAAGUCACUGCCAGUUCGUAAGAGAUCAGAAGCUAACUUAGAAAAACUUUGAAACCCAAAAAAAAACCAUGUAUUGUUAACA